AAAAGUGGUGAGGCAGCACCAACAGGAGGAGGAGGAGGAGGAGGAGUUCACCUCUCCGCAGUCGACUAUCUGUCUCUGACAACAUAAUUGGUUCCUUCAGGCGUUGUUUUAUUUAAAUACAUAUGAAAUAAUCUGCAUUUCGUGCCGUCUGUCACCAACACCGUGCCAAGCUCCAGCGCCGAGGGGCGCGGCAGGGACCAGUGUCCAAAUCCCAAAUCUGUGUUUUGACUUGCCCUGGGAAAGUUGCGCGUCAAGGCACAAGAGGACGGAGGACUUUAAGAACAUCCCACCACCACCUCCUCCUCCACCACUACCAGCACGCAUCAAGUUCAACUCUUCAAAACGCAUUAUUAGUAUUCUUCCUCCUCCCGUGGACCGGAUCAGUCGCUCUUGUCUCUGGGAGAGGGAUCCGGAUUUGGGUGUUUGUUGUUGGAGCUGGCUGCAGAUAAGAUGGGAUGGACGAGUUAACGGAACAGAUGGACUUCUCAGGAGACUUGUCAGGAGAGAGGGUUGUGACAGAAACUAUAACCACCACUAGGAGACUGACAACCCUCCCUCCAAAGGGAACCGGAGGAUCGAAUCACAGGAUUAUGUCCAGCAGCGCUGGUGGGCUGGGCUUGGAGAAGAAUGUCUUAACCCAGAACAGCGGUGGAACUUAUUUCUCCUCAUCCUCUGUAGGUGUGAACACCAACAGCUACAACUCCUCCUCAGGAGUUUACCUGGGGGCUGACUCCUCAGGGGGAGGUGAUGGAGGAUUGGGGAGUUUCUUGGAUGUAGAUGGGUACGGAAGCGGAGGAGGAGGAGGAGGAGGAGGAGGAGGAAGCGGGGGAGGAUUCCUCGUGAGCUCGGUGUCAAAGGUCAGGUCCAGCUCGUCUGGGGGAGGCAGGAGAGCGCAUGCAUCAGGAGGCCUUUCGCCAGGUUUCCGAGAGAGGACGGUCAUAAGCAGCCGCUCGGGAGGUUAUGACGGAAGUUCCAGUGCAAAUUCCUCCCCAGAAUUUACUCGUAAAGAUUAUGGGAACUACUGCUCCAGCAGCGCAAGAGGGAGGAGUGAAAGCAGAGAGAGCGAGAUCAGAGCCAGAUUACAAAGUGCCUCUCCCACUGCCGGCAGAUGGACGGAGCUGGACGACGUGAAGAAGCUGCUGAAGGGACGCUCCAACAGCGUCAGCCCCACUCGCUCCUCCAGCGCCUCCACCACGGUGCCUGUCCCUAAAAAGGCCACUGCGGAGGCCAAGACCGUCUCUGUGGCCACGCAGUCGGUGACCUCUGCAUAUGGCUCUGCUGGGAGAUCCGGUGCAUUCAACACCAUUGAUGCUUCAGGCCUGUAUGAUACCAGUCUGGCAUCUGGGCAGUAUGAUACUGGUGUAAAAUCCAGCCAGUACGAUGUCACUCUGUUAUCAAGCCAGUAUGGCACCGGUGUGAAAUCAGGACAGUUUGAUUCUGCUGUAAAAUCAGGCCAUUAUGAUGUCACUCUGAAAUCAGGACAGUACGACACUGGUGCGAAAUCAGUCCAGUAUGACUCCCUGAAGUCAGGACAGUAUGAUACUGGUGUAAAACUGGGCCAGUACGACACCAGUGUGAGGUCAGGUCAGUACGGCGGCAGCAUGAGAUCAGGUGAAUAUGACAUGCUGGACGCUGUACUUCCAUCUUUCUCCUGGUCCACCGCCACGCUGCCCUCCCCCUCCGCCUUGGUGGUCACUGGAAACACCAGCAGCAACUCGUACCAGGUCGGCACCAACAACAGGUCUGGAGGAGUCUCGCCGCUCAGCCCCACCUCGCCCUCGUCCCUGUCAGUUUACGGCUUUCAGAACAAUCUGGCGCCCGCCAUCAGCACCGUGCUCACCACCAAUGCAGCUAACGUCAGCGCUAACGUUGGAGGUUAUGGUGUUCAGAAGAAUGUGUCAGCCGGGAGCGGAUUCGUCAGCUCUGGAGUCUCUACAGUCACUCGAUCUCAAACUGAUGAAACGAAUAGGAGCAAGUUCAUGGUCUCUGACAAAGAGAACUUUUCAGCCAAGAGGGAAACAGAGGGUUUCAUUCUGGCUAAAGACAGCGGGAAGCAUUUCACCAGCAGCAGCAGUGUCCAUGUAGGAGGAGGGUCACUAUCGGGAGAUUCAAUAAAGAAAGAGAAGUUUAUUUCCAGCUACGGUGAGGCGGCUUCACAGAAGACGGAGAUGGCCAACUACGGAUCCUCUGGAGUUAUAAUGAAAGACAAAGCCACCUAUGCAGAGAUCCACAAGGACAGCGGCCUCUUCGGCGGUGGUGGAUUCUGCUGCUGCUCCGACGCCUGGUGCUCCUGGUGGAAAUGGCUGCUGGGCCUUCUCCUCCUCUCCCUCCUCCUGCUGGGACUCCUCUUCGGCCUCAUCGCGCUGGCUGAGGACGUGAGGAAGCUGAAGAAUCGAGUGGCGUCCCUGGAGGCCGAGUCGUCUGUCUUCUCAGGACGCACCAGUCAACUGUCAGGCAACUCCAAUUCCAUCAACACCUUAGCGCUCGGUGCAGGCGGAGGUGACAGUAACACUGACGGCACACUGCACCUGGGCGCUGGAGGUGGAGGCUCAGGCUCCAAAACACGAAUUGGAAUUGCCACUGGUGCUGCCGGCACUGGAGGUGGAGGUGUCAAUGAUAUCGGUAUCAACGGGGGAGGCUAUGGUGGUGCCGGAAGUGCCGGUGGGGGCAGUGCUGGUGCGGCCAGUGCCGGCGGUGCUACCAGUGGUGCCCGUGUUGCCAGUGGUUCCGGUAGUUCCAGUGGUACCGGUAGUUCCAGUGGUGCUGGUGUUGCUGGUGGGACCAGUAGUGGAAGUGCCGGAGGUGCCGGCACCAGCUUCAGUGGCAGCUCCAGCAGUACAGGCACCAGCUUCAGUGGUGGGCUUGGUACUGGUGUGAGUGGAGGACACAUGGACGCUGCCUCUCUCCAGUUGAUGAUCCAGCAGAUGCUCAGAACUGAAAUGCAAUCACAGACGUUCAGAGCUUUCCUGGUUUCUUCAGGGCUUGGAGAGCGAGGGCUUCCUGGACCUAAAGGUGAUUCUGGUUACCCUGGAACUCCAGGUCCUCCAGGUGCAUUGGGACACUCAGGCCCUGAGGGCUCUAAAGGACAGAAAGGAAGCACAGGUGACCACGGGCUGGAGGGGCCACAGGGUCUCAGGGGUCGUGAGGGCCAAGUUGGCCCCAGAGGCGAACCAGGACCUCCAGGCAUUGGAAUUAAAGGGGCUCCUGGAGAUUCUGGGCCUGGAUCAAAAGGUGCACCCGGAACACCAGGUGAACCUGGUGCUCAGGGUUUCCGUGGCGAGGCCGGGCCACCGGGUCCUAAAGGUGACAGAGGGCUCGCUGGAUUUCAAGGACUUAAAGGUGAAACUGGUGAGAAAGGUGCCAGAGGUAUGCAAGGUGACCCCGGUUUAUCAGGAACGCAUGGACCAGCUGGAGAGAAAGGAUCCAAAGGGUCAAUGGGCCUGUCUGGACAAGAUGGUGUCAAAGGAUCAAGGGGUGACCAAGGACCUGCCGGCCCCCCUGGUCUCAGGGGUCUUGCUGGGCCUCACGGAGAUGCUGGAACUCCAGGAGUACCUGGGCUUCAAGGACCACCAGGGAUACCAGGAAAUCCAGGACAACCUGGAACCAAAGGUGAAACUGGUCAACCAGGCAGAAUCAUCAAUGCAGCUGGUUCCUCUUCUAUCGGCAUCCCAGGACCACCUGGGCCCUCUGGCCCCCCCGGCCCUGCAGGAUCUCCUGGAUUAUCAGGUCCAGUUGGCCCUGCUGGUCUGCCUGGCCCGGCUGGUCCUAAAGGUGACAGAGGAUAUAAGGGAGACCAGGGAGAACAAGGAUCAACUGUGAGAAGGACCGAAAGUAUAAGUUCAACCAGAGCUGAGACUCAGUUUGGAGAAAGUGGAGGCUCAAGAUUUUCUAGCCUUCCAGGGCCACCAGGUCCUCCUGGGCCACCUGGACGUCCAGGAGAUUCGAGACAAGGACCUCCGGGACCAGCUGGGCCUCAAGGUCCAAUAGGUUAUGGAAGACCAGGACCUAAAGGAGACAGAGGAGACUCAGGCCAUUCGUCCAGCUCUGGGACAUAUUACACUGGACCACCAGGACCACCUGGGCAUCCCGGAGCUAAAGGAGCAACAGGUUCUCAAGGACCAAGGGGCUUUCAAGGUGAACAAGGACUGCAAGGUGUGCCCGGUACUCCAGGAAGACCAGGAACCUCCGAGAGAGUGUCGACUUAUGCUGGAGGAAGUGGAGUCUCUGGACCACCAGGUCCACCAGGGCCUCCUGGACAUCCAGGACAGCCAGGAAUCAAAGGUGACAGUGGAUCUCCUGGACUUCCGGGUUCUUCAAGAGGCUCCAUCUCAGUCACUUCAGGCCCUCCUGGUCCUCCAGGUCCUCCUGGUCCUCAAGGCCAGACGGGCUCCUUCUCCUCUUCUACUGAGAUGCGCCAGUACAUCACUGAUUAUCUGAGUAGAAGCCGGCAGUCCAGUAUCCCUGGACCUCCAGGUCCACCUGGGCCUCCAGGAAACCCUGGAACCUUCUCUGGCUCAAUGGAUGACAUCUCAGCUCGUAUUAUUACAUACAUUCAAAGGUCUGGCUCUGGCCUCAGCAUCGGAGUUCAGGGUCCACCAGGACCACCUGGUCCUCCUGGAUCCGGCUCUCGAGUCCUAUCGGUUGGUGAUCUCAUUAUCAUGCUUCAGAGGUCCGAAGUGAGGAGAUAUUUGUCAGGAGGACCAGGACCACAGGGACCACCAGGACCACCAGGGGCGCCAGGGGGACUUACAGGCAGUUACAGUGCAGAGCAGGUCGCCAUGUACGUCUUCAACAUCAUGAACGACAGAGGGAUUGCUCGAGGUCCACCUGGGCCACCUGGAUUACCUGGACCUCCUGGUGGAGGAUUAUCUGCUGGUGGAGGAUCAUCUAGCUUUAAUACCUUAACAGUCGACUAUUCUGCACUGAUGAGAAAUCCAGAGUUCCGCUCAUGGAUCAGCUCUGCCGUACAACAAGGUCCUCCUGGACCUCAAGGUGUCCCAGGGCUAACUGGCCCUCCCGGCCCUCAGGGGCCCCCAGGAGUCUCCACCGCCACCGUGAUUGGGGCGGGAGGUCGUGGCCACAGCAUGGAGGACAUUCAGCGCUACCUGCAGGGUUCUGGGUUCAGAGGUCUUCCUGGUACUCCUGGUCCACCUGGCCCACAGGGUCCACCAGGCAGUUACUCUGGCUCGGUUUCCUACGCUGGAAACUUCCCUCGGGAGAGCAUCCGCGCUGAAGUUCAGGAGUAUCUGACCUCUGACAAUGUUCGUCGUUUCAUCACCGGAACUCCGGGGGCCACAGGACCUCCGGGUCCAAGGGGACCUCAAGGAGAACGCGGAGAGCCGGGUUACAGCCAAAGCUACGGGCAGAGCCAGAGCCAGAGCUACGCUCAGGGUGACGCCCGCUUCCGCACUGACCAGACGCUGGACUACUCCAACGUUGCUUUGAGAGUGACGGACUACAUCAGGAAUCAAGGCCUGUUGAAGGAGUACCUGGUCGAGGGCCCAUCCAGGACCAACGUGCGAGCGAUUCAAGGCCCUCCAGGUCCACCGGGCCCCGCCGGGCCACCUGGUUACAGCCGCGUCAUCGGGUCCUACGGUAACGUCACGGCCGACCUCAUGGAAUUCUUCAGAGCCCACGGCACCAUCCCCGGUCCUCCAGGAAGCAUUGGACCACAGGGAGACAGAGGAUACCCAGGACCCAAAGGAGAGAAGGGUGAUCCUGGACAGCCAGGUCUAGCAGGACUACCAGGGUCGUACACGAUCCAGGUUCCACACAAAGUGCAGAAGAGGGACACAGUUGAUAAAGUGCGUCGUCGUCGCCAGCUGCGUCCUCGUGUGGCAACGAGUGGCUGAAGGGUUAACAAGCUGCCGGAUCAUAUCAGAUUUCAUUUCCAUUUUACGUCACCUUUUUUUAUUUUAGGCUUUCAGCAGCAGUAGCAUUGCAACUAGUCAAGAAGAAGAAAAAAUGCUCCUUAUUCUUGCCAUCUGUAGAAAUGUCACAGGACAGUUUGAGAAAAUAAAAGUGGCCAAAGAAAUCAUCAAUCGUCUCUUUUAAAACUUCAGCCGAGGUAAAGGGUUCAGCUGCCGGUCAGUGCUUCUAUAACACAGGCUUCAGUUUUCACUUUCACAUGUGGGUGUAUGAUGUUUUCUUCGCUGAGCUAGACGCUUGUAUUCAAACAUUUCGGGGCAGCUUUGUCAAAGAGAGGAUUUAUUUGUCAAAGUAUUUGUAUAAGUGAUAGGAAGCAAAAUGGCUGAUAUUUUUAGUUUGAACAUUUUCCACUGCUGGUGUUGUGACUCCAGCGUCCGGUGUACUUAUUUUUUUUAACUGCAUCUGUUUUGGAUUAUAUUGUAUUGAGGAUUAUAUUCUGUUUUAAUUGUUUUCAUGUUGUAUCAAAGCAAACCAUUGCAAUAUUAACCACGUAAUUCAAACCAACCUUCAGUCUUUAAGACCCCUGGAAGUCGCCCAUUUGUUCACCACAUACACAAAUCACAAAACAACAUGCAUUUUUUAAAAAGUUUAUGAAGCAAUACGCCAUCAGAGGUGAACCCGGCCCCGGUUUGAGCGGGGGGGCGGUUUGCGGAGAACAGGUGGGGUUGGUUUGGGUCGACGCACUUAAAAGGUUUUUGUUAUUAAAUCACAUUUUUCACAUGGUUGAAAGACAGGGACUCGUAAUCACUUUAAAAUGACAGACUUUUGUACUAGACCACACUGAAAUUGAUAUAUUUUCUUGUUACCUGUUACUGUUGAACGUAUUAAAUUAUAAAAAUGUUACCAGAUUGUGUUUUACAUGAUUGAACUUAUUGACAAUUGAUCAAUAUAUUUGAAAGGCGUGCCAAUAAAUCUAUUUUUUGGAUUCGUGA